UAAAAAUGAGUGAAGCCAAGGAUAAAAAGAAUCUGACUAAAGGAGUGAAGAAUGACUCUUAUUUAGUAGGCUUCAUUUCUGGAGCCUGUGCCUCAUGCAUGUCUGAGACUAUUACUAUCCCCCUAGAUACUGCUAAGGUGCGGAUGAUGCUUUAUGGAAUGUCUGGGAAGUAUUCCUCAGUCACUUCUACUUUGAAAACUAUCGCUAGGGAACAAGGAACUAGGAUGCUCUGGAAAGGGACUAUUCCCGCUUGUCAGCGACAAUGUGUUUUUUCAGGAAUCAAAUUGUCCUUAUAUGAUCCAAUUAAAAAUUGGUCAUGCUCUACACCAGAAGAACUACAAUUCACGCCUCUUCACAAGAAGAUAUUUGCAGGAGUGAUUGGUGGGGGUAUUGCCUGCUUCUUUGCCUCUCCUUUCGAUCUGAUUAAGAUCCGGAUGCAGGAUGUCAACAAGUCCAAGCUCUACGAUGGAGUCUUGGAUUGCUACAAGAAGAUUUAUAUGAGAGAAGGAGGCAUUAGAGGAUACUUUAAAGGAUGUGGAACUAACAUUGGACGUAAUGCCUUCAUGAACGCAGCUGAGUUGACUGGUUAUGAUACUACUAGACAGUUAAUAAUGACUAAGACCAAUCUCCCAGACCAUCCUGCUUUGUAUAUUCUUUAUGGAGCCGCUGCAGGUAUAACAGGAGCUUUGUGUGCACAACCAGUGGAUCUUCUUAAGACAAGAGUGAUGAACAACCCAGAAAUCUACAAGAACUUCUUGACCUGCUUGAAGAUGACAGUACAGAAGGAUGGUUUCCUCUCUCUUUAUAAUGGAAUCAGACCAUUUAUGGUCAGAGCAGUUAGUUUCAACACUCUCCUAUUCCUGUUUUAUGGUUACCUCAGAGAGUUUUUCGGAAAGGCAAUAGAUGGAGAAUAAUUCGUGAAUAAUGGGCUUCCUAAAUCUACAUUUUAUUCAAUU